UGGGAUCUGCAUCAAGUGUCCCCAAAGCCUCAAGCUCAUAGAACCCCAGCUCGCCUUGUCACAUACGCAUUUAGCAAUGGCAGCGCUCCUUCCGUGGCUGGCAUGGUUCAUCAUCACCCUCCUCGCCGUCUACAUCCUCAACCUCCUCGCACAAGCCCGUCGUGGUCUCCCACCGGGACCGCGUCCGCUGCCCAUCGUCGGCAGCCUCCACCUACUCGGCAACCAGCCGCACCGGUCUCUUGCCCGCCUCAGUAAAAUCUACGGCCCGCUCAUGUCCCUGCGCAUGGGCUCGGUCACCACGGUGGUCGUCUCCUCCCCUGAGGUCGCCCGCGAGUUCCUGCAGAGGCACGACGCCGUCUUCACCAACAGGUCUGUGCCGGAUGCCACCGGCAACCAUUCCAGGAACUCCGUGGCCUGGCUUCCGAACGAGCCACGCUGGCGCGCGCUCCGGAAGAGCAUGGGCACCGAGCUGUUCUCGCCGCACAGGCUGGACGCCCUCCAGCACCUGCGGCGGGACAAGGUGCAGGAGCUCGUGCACCACGUCGGGCGGCUUGCUAGCAAUGGAGAGGCGGUGAACGUCGGCCGCGUAGCCUUCAUCACGAGUCUGAAUCUUGUCUCGCGCACCAUCUUCUCCCGAGACAUGACUAGCCUCGACGACCAUGGAGGGUCGAAGGAGUUCCAAGAAUUGGUGGUAGGCAUCAUGGAGGCUGUGGGGAGCCCGAACUUGUCGGACUUCUUCCCGGCGCUCGCCGGGGCCGACCUGCAAGGUUGGCGCCGGAGGUUGGCGCGGCUGUUUGCACGGCAGCACCGAAUCUUCGACACGGAGAUAGACGGGAGGCUGCGUGGCCGCGAGACAGGUGAGCCGAGGAAGAACGACUUUCUCGACCUGUUGCUUGAUGUCGCCGCGAAGGACGAUAACACGGCGGGGCUGGACCGCGACACGCUCCGGUCAAUGUUCACGGAUUUGUUUUCAGCUGGGAGUGAUACAAGCUCUAGCACAGUGGAAUGGGCCAUGGUGGAAUUGCUUCAGAACCCAUUUUCAAUGGCUAAUGCUUGCGAUGAGCUUGCGAGAGUUAUAGGCUCAGGGAAAAGCAUCCAAGAAUCUGAUAUCGGCAAGUUGCCCUAUCUUCAAGCCGUUAUAAAAGAAACAUUUCGAUUGCAUCCUCCUGCUCCGCUGUUGCUACCACGUCAUGCUCAAGUUGAGAUAAAAAUUAUGGGUUACACAAUUUCUAAAGGUUCUCGUGUGCUGGUAAAUGUGUGGGCGAUGGGCCGAGAUAAAGCAAUAUGGCCUGAACCUGACAAAUUUAUGCCCCAGAGAUUUUUGGACAGGACUGUUGACUUAAGGGGUGGAGACUUUGAGCUCAUCCCAUUUGGUGGGGGACGUCGAGUCUGCCCCGGAAUGCCCUUGGCUAUUAGGAUGGUGCAUCUGCUCCUCGCAUCGCUGUUACAUCACUUCAAGUGGAGUCUCCCAGUUGAGGCCGAAAGAAAUGGGGUUGAUAUGACCGAAAAAUUUGGGGUGACACUGACAAAGGCCGUACCUCUUUGUGCUAUAGCUACGCCAAUCUGAAUCAACACGCCAGGCUCCUCAUUGAAAUAUAUAUCAUGCAUGGGGUUUAAAUAAUUGUUCUUGUGUAACAUCCUAUAAUGUUUUAAAAAAUAAGAAGAAAGUCAAUUUCAGUCAA